AUGCUCCACCAAAGCUUCCCACCUGAUAAUUAUGCAUACCCAUUUCUCCUAAAGGCUUUUGCUCAUGACUUAAACCUAGAAAUGGGCAGUGGAAUUCAUGCACACAUUUUGAGAAAUGGUUUAAUUAUGAUUUUAUUUGUUCUAAACAACUUGAUUAGCCUAUAUAGUUACUGUGGUCACAUAGAAUUACCACGUCAAGCAUUUGAAGAAAGCUCUAUAAGCGACCCAGCACUGUGGAAUGCCAUGAUCUCUGAGUAUGUUAAAGUGGGUGCCGCUGAAAUUGCAGAGGCUCGCUGGCUUUUUGAUGAAAUGUUAGAGAGAAAUGACACAUGGAGUAGUAUGAUUAAUGGGUAUGUUAAGUUUGGGAAUUAUAAGAAGGCACUGAGUUUGUUUAGUGAGAUGCAAGCGCAAGGGCCGAAUGAAAUCACAAUGUCUAAUUUGCUUUUGGCUUGUGCACAUUUAGGAGCUCUAGAGCAAGGGAAAUGGGCUCAUGUGUACAUUGAGAAGAAUGGCAUAGAGGUAGAUGUUGUAUUGGGGACGGCAUUGAUAGACAUGUAUGCGAAGUGUGGGAGUAUAGAGAGGGCGAUGCAGGUAUUUGACAGUGUAGAUAGGAGGGAUGUGACAGCAUGGACAGCCAUGAUCACGGGACUUACGAUGCAUGGCCACACCGAUGGAUGCUUUGCCUUCUCGGAUAUGCAAAUUUGGAGCACAAGGCCUAAUGCCAUAACCUUUGUGGGGAUCCUGUGUGUUUGUGGCUAUGCAAGCUUAGUGAAUGAAGGUGAACAUUACUCUGAUAGCAUGAGUAAGGAUUUUGGGAUCAAACCAUUGAUACAACAUUAUGGGUGCAUGGUGGACCUCUAUGCAAGAGCUGAGUUCAUAGGAAAUGCUACGGAUCUUAUAAAAUCAAUGCCAAUAGCCCCUGGUGGCCUAAUAUGGGGGUCCUAGAUUAGUGGGUCUAGGGUUCAUGAAAACACUGAAACUGCUGAAUUUGGCAUCAAGAAACUCGUAGAAUUGAACCCUCUAAAUUGUGGGGGGUACGUGCUUUGAUCAAGCUUGUAUGCUAAAAGAGGUAGAUGGGAUGAUGCUAAGAAUGUAAGGGAAGUUAUGAAAUCAAAGGGGAUAAAAAAGACUCCGGGUUGUAGUUUGAUGGAAGUGGAUGGCAUAAUACAUGAGUUUUUCAUGGGAGAUGAAUCACAUCCAAAGACUAAUGAGAUUCAUUCAAAACUAGAAGAGAUUAUGAAUGAAAUUAAGUGGGUGGGAUAUGUAGGGAGCACUAGGGAAGUUGCCCUGGACUUAGAUGAAGAAGGAAAGGAGCAUGCCCUCUAUGUUCAUAGUGAAAGGUUGGCCAUUGCCUUUUGUUUGCUAAGCACAAGCCAUGGAUUGCCGAUUCGAGUCGUUAAGAACCUUCGGAUUUGUGCAGAUUGUCAUGUUGCAGUAAAGCUCAUGUCUCAAGUGUAUGAUAGAGAGAUCAUUGUUCGAGAUAGGAGCCGAUUUCACCAUUUUAAACAUGGUGUUUGCUCUUGUAAUGAUUAUCGGUGA